AUGGAUUCACUCACUUUCGCUCCUCAUCCGAGACUAACACUUCAGUCCUCCCCCUGCAAACCAAAGCGAAUCAUCCUUCACAGAGUCAAUUCAGCCCUCGCAAUCUCACCAAAAUCUCCUAUACUCUCCCUUGAGACAACUUCACCAGAGUCCUUGAAGUACGAGAGUGGUUUUCUCGGGGGUAUUUCUGAGAAAACGCUACCAUCUCCCAAUGAGUCAUGUAUUGAUGAAAUGUCAUAUAGUGUCGAUAUACUACUUUCCUCGAGAGUAUACGAUAUCGCUAUAGAGUCGCCUCUUCAGUUGGCAAAUAAGCUAUCUAAGAAGCUUGACAACAAUCUAUGGCUCAAGCGAGAGGACAUGCAACCUGUGUUCUCAUUCAAGCUUAGAGGAGCAUAUAAUAUGAUGGCAAAGCUUACAAGGGAGCAAUUGGAUAGGGGUGUUAUAUGCUCAUCUGCAGGAAAUCAUGCUCAAGGUGUUGCAUUAUCUGCUCAAAGAUUAGGAUGCAACGCCGUUAUUGCGAUGCCCGUUACAACACCAGAAAUCAAGUGGAGAUCUGUCGAACAAUUAGGGGCAACUGUCGUUCUGACUGGAGACUCCUAUGAUGAGGCACAAACGUAUGCGAAACAAAGGGCAGAUCAGGAGACUCGCGCAUUCGUUCCACCCUUCGAUCACCGUGAUGUUAUAACGGGACAGGGAACGAUAGGGCUGGAGAUUAUUCGCCAGUUGAAAGGACCAUUGCACGCUAUUUUCGUACCCGUUGGAGGUGGAGGGCUAAUUGCAGGCAUCGCUUCCUUUGUAAAGAGAAUACGUCCAGAGGUUAAGGUGAUUGGAGUGGAGCCCUUUGAUGCAAAUGCAAUGGCAUUAUCGUUAUAUCAUGGAAAAAGGGUGAUGCUUGAAAAAGUUGGGGGAUUUGCAGAUGGAGUUGCUGUAAAAGUUGUAGGCGAAGAGAAUUUUCGGAUAUGCAGGGAACUGGUGGAUGGAGUGAUUCUUGUGAAUCAAGAUGCUAUAUGUGCAUCCAUAAAGGAUAUGUUCGAUGAGAAGAGGAGCAUACUAGAGCCAGCUGGUGCUCUUUCUCUAGCUGGGGCUGAGGCAUACUGCAAAUACUAUGGAUUGAAAGGAGAAAAUAUUGUAGCAAUAACCAGCGGUGCCAACAUGAACUUCGAUAGGCUGAGCUUGGUUUCUAAGCUUGCCACCAGUACUGGUGCUAAUGAGAAGCACACUGCGCAGGAUAGUACCAGCGCGCAGCGCAGCUCCGCGGAACUCUGCGACCGGGAUGUCUACUUUCAGACGAUCCUCCGCAAGGCUAUGGCCUCAAAAUUAGGAUAAAAUCUAUGAAUCCUGCAUGGGGAUAUAUAUGAA